UUAUUUUAUUAUAUUGUUUUAUUUUUCUCUGUUUCUUAAUAUUCUAUUCUAGACGCACGGUGGCGACAAUAUUCUAUGUUUUCUUUUGUAGUUCAUAGCUGUCGCUAAAGUCACAUAGGUGAUGAACAGUGAAGAAAGAAACCAAAAAAAUUGAAUAAAGAAAGGAAAAACUGUUCUUUUUUCACUUUUCAUUUUUGAUUUUUGUUAAUAAUCUUUUGAAUAAAAAAUUAUUCUGAAAGUAAUUUAUGUAUAAUAAUAUCUCAAGUAUAUUGAUUGUUCGCGAUGGUAGCGCACCUAUGAAUGAAAAAGUGUAGUAAAAAUUUUCUCUACGUGCGUUUGACGCUCUUGACAUGAAGUGUAUUUGAGUGAUUAAAAGUGAAUAUUGGCAAAAGUUAUAGGUUAAGGACAAUAAAUAUUUCAAUAAAAAUUUAACAAUUUUAUAUAUAAUGGCUAGAAUUGCAAUACAAAAUUAUUUGCGAAAAUGUAAAUGUAUUUGUUCUUCGAGAACGAAAUUCUGUAAGAGCAUUUGGAUCGAAUAUUUAUCGAAAAGCAAUGUCAACACAAGUUUCGGUUGAAGAAAAAGAAGUAAAUGAUAAUAGAAAACAUUCUAUUAAUCCUAUGGAACACCCAGACUUUUUUCAAGUACAUAACCUUUUUACAAUUAAAGAUUUAUUUAAUGGAAUGGUACAUUAUGGUCACAAGGAAGGUACAUUGCAUGAAAAUAUGCGUCCAUUUAUAUUUGGUUCAAGAUUAGGACAUUUGAUAAUAGAUUUGAACCAAACGACUGAACUUUUACGACAAGCUUUGAAUUUUACUGCUCAUAUCGCACUUCAUGGUGGAUUAAUUUUAUUUAUUUCCAAGAAUCCUUCAAGCACUUGUAUAAUUGAAAAAACUGCUUUGAAUUGCCAAGAAUAUGCAUUAACUAGAAACUGGAAGUCUGGAAUAUUUACAGAUUCUGUUAAAAUAUUUCGUUUCGAAACAAGAUUACCUGAUCUGUGUAUAUUUAUUCACACACUUGACAAUGUUGUUGCUCCACAUCCUGCGAUUAUUGAAGCAGCAAAAAUGUGCAUACCUACUAUUGGCAUUGUUGAUACAAAUUGUAAUCCUAAUCUUAUAACAUAUCCUGUUCCUGGCAAUGAUGAUACACCAUGUGCCAUUGAACUUUAUUGUAGUCUUUUCUGCGAGGCAAUAUUGCGCGGCAAAAAUGCCAGGAAGCUUAUGUUAAAAAAAUUAGAAUCUGUUAAAAAGUGAUUUUAAAUAUGUCAUGUAUAAACAUGUAAAAUAUAAUGUCUCUUUUAAUGUAUAUUUUAUUUAUUACAUAAUAUCAUAUUAUACAUAAUAUAAUCCUUUUAUUUUUAUAAAAAUAAUAUAUUGCAUAUUAUGCAUUAAAAAAUCCAAACAAUUGUUACAAUUUAUUUGCAUUUUUGGCAUCUCGUAGCUUCUUUAAAUAUUGUUUACCCAUGAACUUUAUAAACCUUAAAUUUAAACCAUCAUUUUAUUUAUAAAAUUAAAUUAAAUUCUUCAAAUCUUUCACAAAACUAUUUAUCUAAUAAAAUAAUUUAAAUUAAGAUUGUACUAUUUCUGUUACAUACCAUUCACCCAUAUUUGGAAAAUAUUUUAUUAAAUAUGCCACGAAUAAUAUAGACGGUUGUGAAAUCCAUGCCUCAGAAACUUUGUUUGCGAUUGCAAAUGCUGAUAAAUCAGCGCAACGUUCUGCGCUAACCUUAUUACUGGCUUUAUCUGUUUCUAUUCCAAAUUUCUGGAAAAUGAUAAAAUGACAUUAUUAUUGUUAUUAUUAUUAUUAUUAUUAUUAUUAUUAUAUAGAGAAAUAAUCAAAUUACCUCUCCUGAUUUUUCUGUGAAAGCUUCUGCUAGAAAGUUUGUUUGAAUUGGUCCAGGGCAUAUUAUAGUGACAGAAGGAAAAUUUUUGCCAUAUUUUUCUACACGAUAGGAA